UCAAUAGUAACAGCCUCAUUAAGCGUUUCUGUUAAAUCUUCAUGCACUUUACACUCGGGAGCAGUGUAUGUGGUGGUGAGCAGGGAAGUCCUACCUGAAAUCAUCCACUGUCUCAACUGGAGAAAUGUCUCCAGGGAAAAAUCAUAAGUUUCCUUUACCUUAACUUAGAGUAGUUUUCAGCCUUUAGCAAGCCUAAGAAUCACUGUGGCUCUUGCUAAAAUGUACAUUUCUGGGCCUUGCCCAGGUCGAGACUACAGCCCUGGAGUCUGCAUUGUAAAGCAGCUUCCCAGGUGACUGUAAUGCGUGUGGGUGGUUUUCAGAUCCUAACUUUGGAAAACAUGACAAAGAGUUCUUUAGUAUGUGACUGUAUUUACUCAUUCUUUAGAAACUGUUGGGCACCUUCCAGGUGCUCUGUUCAUCUCUGGUAGGAGGCAAAGGGGCAAAGUGGUUUGCCAAGACUCAAGAUUCAAUACUCACAUCUCAAGGUAGUGUAUGAUUGUCAAAUGAGGCUCCCUAGCAAUAUCUCUCUAGGAGCACAGGGCUGGGGAAAGUCGCUGUAGGCUGAAGCUGUGGAGAGGCUUUGUGGAUACAGACUGGAAGGACCUUGUGGUUUUUUUGGAGGAAGGACAUGGAAUCACAAGAAGUCUGGACAUCAGGUCAGCCUGGAGCUGAAGUUCUAGAGCAAAGUCUGUAAGGGUCAAGUAAAGCAGAGGUGAUUAGCUGUACCUCAAGGUCUUCUGCGUGUGGGCAGGAGGAAGGCUUUGUUUUAGGGAGACUAAUUACUUGGCGUUGAUGUUCAGGAUGGGUUGGAUCUGGCAGAGUAACCAAUAAGCUUACUGAUGAUGCCUGCGCGGUAAUGAAAAGCAAACUGAGUGGGAAGAUUAAGAAAACACUGGAUUUACUGCUAGAGAUAGGGAUAAGGCACCCAACAAGACGGUGACCCUGGAAGAAUGAGAGCACGCUUUAAAGAUUCAUCACAUAGGGAAUACUCCACAAUUCAGCUUUGGAAGCCAGUGUAGGGAGCCCAGUCAACAGCCAGUGAGGACUGUUUUGUUAAGCCGAUUACCCCGUUAUAUUGUCUCCAGUGUCUCUUUUAAAAUGGAAUCAUCUUCACAUGCUCCCCGCUGCUACCUAACUACUAAUAAAACACCAUCACCCUGAAGCUGGAUGAAAAAGGCUCAAGUCGCUGCCUGUUUCUGCCCCUGAAUGAACUUGAAUCUUCCCAGGUGACCCAGCAAACCAAGUGGUUCCAAAUUUUGCUGCACAGUAGAUUCAACCAAGGGAUUAAAAAAAAAAAAAGAAAGAAAAAGCACAGCGCCACACCUAAUGUGCCUCGUAGUUUGGAAGCCGUUGCUCUAGCCACAUCCCCAUGGCCCUAAGACCCCAAUCCUCCAACCCCUGUGUCCUACGCCCGAAGGGUGCGCGUAGAGGGGCCGGGCUGGGGUGGCCUGUCUCCGCGCCUGCGUCCCCUUCCCCCAGCCCGGCGGGUCCGGCUUGCCGCUCCGGGGCCGGGAGGGGGCGGUGCGCGGCCCGGGAGGCGGCAGAACCGAAAGCGGCCACCGCGGGAGGCGGGGGAGGAAGGGCAGCGGGCGCGGGGGGAGGCGAGGUGGCGCGGAGGGCCGGGAAUGCCUGCGGCACGGGGCGCAGAGCCGCCCGGUGGCCAUGGCUCUCCGUCUGGUGGCCGAGUUCGAUCUCCGCAAGGACGUGCUGGCGUGGCUGCGGGCGCAGCGGGCGGAGGCGGCGGGCGCAGGGGCGCGAGGCGGCGGCCCAGGUGUUUUAGAAAAUAAUUAUGAAAGCUUACGUGUACUAAAUGUUGAAAGAAAUGGAAAUAUUAUUUAUACCUAUAAGGAUGAUAAGGGAAAUGUCUUCUUUGGAUUAUAUGAUUGCCAAACCAGACAAAAUGAGCAUCUCUAUACAUUUGAGAAAGACUUGAAAGUUGUCAGUUGCUCUGUCAACAGCGAGAGAACUUUGCUUGCUGCAAGUUUAGUUCAAUCUACUAAAGAAGGAAGAAAGAAUGAGUUUGAACCAGGAUCAAAGUGCUUAACUUUGCUGGUCGAAAUCCACCCCAUUAACAAUGUGAAAGUUCUAAAAGCAGUGGAUGGCUAUAUUUGGGUACAGUUCACCUAUCCUCAUGUUAAAAGCCACCCUCUUCCAGAGAACCAUCUGUUACUGAUUUCAGAAGAGAAAUAUAUUGAACAAUUUCGUAUACAACUCAUCCAAGAGGAGGGAAAUAGAGUGGUGAUUAAACAUUCUGGGCAUCUCCCAAGAGAGAGAAUAGCUGAGGAUUUUGUUUGGGCUCAGUGGGAUAUGUCAGAGCAGAGGUUAUACUACGUUGACCUGAAGAAAUCAAUGAGCAUCUUAAAAUGUAUCCAGUUUUAUGCUGAUGGGAAGUUUAACUUAAUGUUUGAAGCACCCUUGGAUAUAUCAGUAAGCGACUCAGAAUUUAAUCUUGUCAACUUCGGAUGUGAUGAUCUUCAAGACCAAGAGAAAUUAUCCGAACACCUGAAACUGCAUGUUUUUACUAAUCAUACAGGGAGUUUGUGUUUAUGUUACAGUCCGAAGUUUGACUCUUGGGAAGAAAUCACAUAUUCAGUGUUUUACUUUCAUAAAGGGCAGAGCAAGACCUUCACUGUGGCUCUUGAGCAUGUUGGCUCACAUGUGAGAAAGGGCAUUACUUUUCUCAACUUUGAUUAUUAUGUGGCUGUUUACCUACCUGGUCAUUUCUUUCAUCUACUUAACAUUCAACAUCCAGACCUGAUCUGCCACAGUCUGUUUCUGACAGGAAAUAAUGAAGUGAUUGAUAUGCUACCUCAUAGUCCUUUACAAUCAUUGUCAGGGUCCCUGGUACUGGAUCAGUGUUCUGGAAGGCUCCAUAGGGCACUCCUGAACCAGUCGUAUUUAUUACAGUCCUUAUGGAACACACAGCUAGACUGUGAGAAGAUGGCUGUGCUGCACUGCCUGCUCUCCUGUGGCCGGGACCCCCGGUUCCAGGAAGCCAAGAUUAUCCAGUGGAUUUCUGAGAACAUCUCUGCCUGCCAUUCAUUUGACCUCAUUCAGGAAUUUCUAAUUGCUGCUUCAUAUUGGAGCAUAUAUCCAGAGACAAGUAACAUGGACAAACUUUUGCCAUAUUCCUCAGUGCUCUCCUGGGAGACAGAAAUUCCUGGAAUAAGCCUUGUGACAGAAGAGAUUGCGUUGCCUCUUAUGAAGGUGCAUAGCUUUAAGGGCUAUUGGGAAAAACUGUAUGCCAACCUGGAAUAUGCUAAGUACUCCAAGCCACACUUAUGCUAUCACAACAGCAUGGUCAGGAGGGAGUGGCACAGCCUGAUCUCUGAAGAGAAAACAGGAAAAAGAAGGUCCAUGGUGUUUGUGAGGAAUAUUCUUGAUAAUGCUAUAAAGGUGAUUUCUAACCUAGAAGCAAGGAAUUUGGAGCCCAGAUUGAUACCCCUCCUCCAGGAGGACGACAAGCACCAGAGGCUGCUUAUGGGGCUGAUGGUGUCUGAGCUAAAAGACCAUCUUUUGAGACAUCUACUGGGUGUGGAAAAGAAGAAAAUUGAACAGAUGGUUCUGGACUACAUUUCAAAACUGCUGGACCUCACUUGCCAAAUAUUGGAAGCCAAUUGGAGGAAACAUGAUCUUCAUCCCUGGGUUCUCCACUUCAACAGGCGGCCUAGUGCUGCUGAAUUGGCAGUCUUUCACAUCAUGACAAGGAUUUUGGAAGCUACUAGCAGUUUGUUUUUACCUCUGCCUCCUGGUUUUCACACAUUGCACAUGAUUCUUGGUGUCCACUGUCUCCCGUUGCACAACUUGCUGCAUUAUAUUGAUAAUGGAGUGUUGCUUCUCACAGAAACAGCCGUCACAAAGCUCAUGAAAGAUUUGGACAACACAGAGAAAAAUGAAAAACUAAAAUUCAGUAUCAUUGUGCGGCUUCCUCCGCUUUUUGGUCAGAAGAUCUGUCGCCUUUGGGACCAUCCUAUGAGUUCUAACAUUAUAUCUCGGAACCACGUGAAGCUCCUGCUGCAGAACUAUAAGAGACAGCCUCAGAGUUCUAUGAUCAACAAGUCGGCAUCCAGUGUAGAAUUUCUGCCUCUGAACUACUUCAUUGAAAUACUGACAGAUAUAGAAUCCUCCAAUCAAGCUCUGUAUGCUUUUGAAGGACAGGACAAUGUGGAUGCAAAAUUUGUAGAGGAAGCAGCUCUGAAACAUACCACAAUGCUUCUAGGGUUAUAAAAGAGAAAAUGCAACUAUAUCAGCUCCCAAUAAUUUAAUAUUGUUCAUUGGCUCUACUUCUGCUGAGAAUUCUUUAGCAAUAUUUAAAAUUGGUAAUAACCAAAAUCAGAAUGCUUGUUGAGCCCUCUGAAUUCCAGUUUGUUACUUGCUCAGAGAGAACUAAACUGCUGUACCUCAUCCCAGUUUUGAACAGCAGAUGAACAGCCAAGUGUAGAGAAAUGACAACCAGUCCAAGUAGGCAGGCAAUGGCAUAAGUGAUGUUCUUCCUAGUGGCUUAUCUUCCCAGUGGCUUCACAGGCCAAAAGCAAGUCUCUCCUGCACUCUGAAGUAAAAUAUGUGCUUAAGAAUAUAGGGGAUGGUGCUUAGAAAAACAAAAACUAGAUGUGUCAUUGAAAAUAAUAAAUGACAAGUGGAAAUAUUAAGUUGUUUCAUACAAACCGUAUUUGGAAAGGGCUAUUUUUUUAAAAAACUGAAUUUGGACAAGGUCAAAUCUGCUCAUUUCCAUAAUAGAAUAAUUUGUAAUAAAUAGCAAUUUGUACAUACAUAUUUAAAAGUAGGAUUUGUCUUUGUGAUGGUUCAGAUGGGACUGUAUUAUAUUAAUAUUUUAAAGAUUAUUUUAUAUUUAUAAAAGUUUGAUUUAGUAAUUCCUUGUCAUUUAAAAAAACUGAAAGUUUUGGCCUGGCUUUUUUGUGCUUUGGACACAGCCGUUUCCUUUCAAGCAGGAACCAGGAGUCCACGAACAUGUUCCCUUAAAGGCCCCCAUGAUGCCUAACUAGUUCUCCUACUUUUUUUUUCUUUCUUCUAUAGCAACUUCAUUCUGAUUCUUAACUAUGGUUGCUCCCUGGGGUCAGCCCAUAACCCUUUGCUUUUCUCUCUUCAUAUGAUUUCCCUCAGUGAACUUGUGAAAUUUUAAUGAUAAAUUAUAAAUACCACUAGCCAGUAUAAUAAUUCAGCUUCUUUUCUAAAAUCAUCUGAGUGUCUGAAAAUUGUCCUCUGCUACAGAAUUCCCCUUUUUGGUCAAAUACUUCGUGGUCACUGAGGCUCAAAAUCUUGGAGCCAUAUCAACAAGCAGUGCUGAUUUUUCUUUCUUGAUGAGGCCAUUAUUUCUCUUUCCCUACCUUUUUCUUUUCACACUUGCUUUCUCAAGUCAUCCUUCUGAUUUGUAUUUGAGAUAAACACUAAUUUGAGCCUGUCACUCCUCUGCUCAUACUCCUUCAAUAAUUUGCCAUUCAUUACAGGACAAAAUCCAAACUCCUUCACAUUCAAGGUCUCCCAAAUUCUGGCCUUGUACAAUUCCCCAGUGUGAAUAUUCUGUUCCAGCCUUUUGUCUCCUUCCAAGCCAUGCUCAGGCUAUUUCCCUCACCUGGAAUCCCCUCUCCACUCAUUAAAGUCUCAUUUAUGCUUACCAGAUAAAAAGGUCUGGUCCAGUGCACUGUGACACCUUAACCCCACAACCAGCAGCACAUGUAAUCCUUAGGCAUCUAUCCCUUCGGGAUUUUUUAAAAUUACUUUUCUAUUGUUAGGUCGUUAAGCUUCCGAAAUGUAUACUUUUUGAAUCCCUAAUGUGAUUGUCAAUUCCUACAGCAAAGGAGCUGUGUUAAGGUAUACAGUAUUUCUUUGUAUUAAUCACACAGCUCAUACAGUGUUACUUAUUCUAGGCACUCCCAAGUAAUUGCUUUUUAAUAAUUCAGAAAGCAGUAAGGUUAGAUUCAGGACGUAUACUGAGAAUGAGAUUAGAUUUCCCUUCAAUCUGGCAGGAUGGGAGCUUGGAGAUUUUGUUUGAUUUAGCAAAAUAAUGUGAUAUUUCUCACUCCCAGAGUUGUGAAAGAAAAUUCAAAACUUAUACCAGUAUGAAAUAAAGGCAGUUUGAGGAUAAUAAUGGAUAUAAAUUUACAGGUUUCAAAUCUACAUGUGCAUUUUCAUACAUGAGAAAAUAUAAAAACAGAAUUAGGGAAAUAUACUUGGGUGAAAUACAACAAAGUUAGAUUAAUGAAGUAAGUAGAACUGGCCUCAUUUUCAACUCUUUCACAUGCAACAUUAUAAAUGUUUUCAUUGAAAUUUUGAAAAAUCUGGUAUCAGAACUUAAAAUAAUCACAAGUUUAUUUGCAUAUAACAUUGUGAAAAAUCUAGAUUUGUAAGAAAGAUAAAUUAAGGCACAAUUACUUUUGCAGCAAAUGGAUUCUUUACCUGCAGAAUCACCAUAACAUUACUUUUAACAUGACAAGCCUUCUCUACUUGAUAGACUUCUCUUUUUCCUUGAUGUAGAUUUACCAACACCAGCUUCAAAUGCAACUAUUUAUUUAAUGAAGUGAGUUAUGCCCCUGCAAUACCUGGGAUAUUUUCUUUUUCAAACAAUCAUUCUUUCUCUUUGAAGUGAGUAAUUUUCAACAGUAUUUGCUUUUUUUCUUGAAUAGACAAAGACCAUUCUGCCAAUUUCUGUGUCUUUG